GGAGGCAGAGUGGAGGCGGGGGAGGAAUGCAAAGCUCCAUCCAGUGCUGAGGACCGGAGCAUUUGCGCAGAUCGUCUGCGCUGUCUACCAGAGACUGGUACGUUAUUUCAGCCUCGGAAGUUUGUUGCUGUAGUUUUUUCUCCUUUGUGUCUCGCUGCUCAGCCGCCCACCUGCACAGUGUCUGCGAGCAGCAGAGCAAGCAGCCGACCAGCUCAGCCCGCCGGACUUUUGUGACAACAGCAUCAGGGAGAUAAGAUGGUGAUCAAAGUGUACAUAGCAUCGUCCUCUGGAUCCACUUCGAUUAAAAAGCAGCAGCAGGAUGUGAUGGGCUUCCUGGCGGCCAAUAAGAUCGAGUUCGAGGAGUGUGACAUCGCGGCCAACGAGGCUAACAGGAAGUGGAUGAGGGAGAAUGUCCCAGAGGAAUCCAGGCCUGCCACGGGGAACCCGCUUCCCCCACAGAUAUUUAAUGAAACCAAAUAUUGCGGGAACUACGAAGCCUUCUUUGACGCCAGGGAGGAAAACGCCGUGUACGCAUUUCUGGGUCUGACCGCUCCUCCGGGCUCUAAGGAGGCCGAGGCUCAAGCGAAGAAAGAAGCACAGCAGUAGCAGCUUCCCAUCGUUCCCAUCCUGACACCUCAGGCCUACAUCUGGACCCAGCCUUGCCUAGACCCGGGGGGGGGAUAGAAGCAACACCUUGCUCAGCUUAUAAAUAUAAUGAAGGUUUCAAUGUACUUUUUCUCAUGACAUUUCUGUUUCAUAAAUCUGCGUUCAGCCGUGCCUUGCUAGCUGUAGUUGAAAGGAGGUGGUAAAGCAGACUAUUAAGGGUAUCUAAAACAGCUCAGCUUCCUCCCGUUAAUCUCAGCCUGAUAAUCCUAUUGGCCCAAUGACAUGUCAAUCAGAGCAUUACCGUGAAUGUGUGACUACCCGAUUGGGACGACAUCAUCAGACCCAGUGAAAUAUACAAAGAAAGAUUCACUGUUGGCCACAAACAACAUCAUCCAACCUUUGACUGUAAACAUGAAUAUUAUUGUUUUUUAGAGGUUUAAUCAGUAGAAGUCUUAAAGUUUUCAGCCACAUUGUGUGACCCAGUAACUGUUUUCUCUUACAGUCCCACCCACUGAGUUUAUAGUUACUUUCUGUCGUCUUAAAACUGUUUUAAUAGCAAACCCUUUUUCUACAAGAUGAUAUUUGCUUAAAAGAAAUGACAAUACAUGCAAUUUUGGUGCUUUUUUGUUUUGUUUUGGGGGAAGUUGGAUAAGAGGCUCUUGUUCCUAUUAGAAUCAUUUUUUUUUAACAAUGUGUUGGUAAAUCCCUGACUUACGUAAAUUGGUACAAUCUCUCCUCGGAAUAAAACGGCAAUGACACACACAAAAAGAAUGACUCUUAAAACAGUCAGCCGAUUUUGAAACGAGCUCUGCCUCCUCGCCCCGUGCUGUUCAUUUUUUAUGUACAAUAAAUAAUUGUAAGUUGACUUGA